ACCAAGCGCAAAGGCGCAUGCGCAGAUUGCUGACCUUCUGUGUGUACUCCUCAAGCAAGCAUGGCGGCCCGGGCGGUGAUGACCAGAGGGCUGUGGGGGCUCCGACGUGGACCCCAGUACGUCACUGCGGCGUCCAUCAAACCGACCCCGAGCCAACCCGACGACGUGUCAGACACACUGAUGAACCAGCCGCUGGAGAAGCCGGACUUCUUCCGGGUGUCAGAACUCUUCUCGUUGAAAGACCUGUUCGACGCCAGAGUUCAUCUUGGCCAUAAAAAAGGCUGCAGACACAGGCUCAUGGAGCCGUACCUCUACGGCUGCCGCUUGGACCAGGACAUCUUCGACCUGGACCAGACGGUGGAGCACCUCCAGCGGGCCCUGAACUUCACGGCCCACGUGGCGUACCGCGGCGGCGUCAUCCUGUUCGUCAGCCGCCAGCGGCAGUUCGUCCACCUGGUGGAGAGCGCCGCGCGGGGCUGCGGCGAGUACGCCCACACGCGGUACUGGCAGGGCGGCCUCCUCACCAACGCCCCCGUCCAGUACGGCCCGGGGGUCCGCCUGCCCGACCUCGUCGUCUUCCUCUCCACCCUCAACAACGUGUUUCAGCCGCACGUGGGAAUCCGAGACGCCGCCAAGAUGAACAUCCCCACGGUCGGCGUGGUGGACUCGAACUGCAACCCCAGCCUGCUGACCUACCCGGUGCCGGGGAACGACGACACGCCGGUCGCCGUGGAGACGUACUGUCGCUUGUUCAAGAUGACCAUCAACCGGGCCAAGGACACGCGGAGACGGAUGGAGCUGCUGCACGGCCUGGCGGCGCCGCCCCCUCGAGCUCGUGACCGUCUUCUGCUCCGUUCAUCACGCGGAUGAAGAAGAAGAAACAACGUGAUGUCGUCUUGUGUUUGAGACGGAAUCGCCCUGUAAUGAAUCUGACGUGGUCUUCUGGCUCCAAGUUAAGUUGUGGUUAUUAUUUCACGCCUCCACAGCCGGAGGCGGCGCGUUGUCCGUCCGUACCAUUCGUGGGAACGCAGCAGCAAUGAAUGGACCUCACUUCCUUUUGUACUCGACAAUGAACGCAGUAAUAUUUGGUGAAUUGAGGCGGUGCUUCUAGUUGUUUGGCAGAAUGUGGAUGAAGCUCUAAAUCAAACGGCACAUUGUGUUACUUUCAUAUUCACGACAACCACAAUAAUGACUUUUCUGCUUAAUGUCAGUACUUUGAAUCUCCUCCCACGUACAUUUACUACUACUGGUGGAGAGAGAGUUGAUGUAACCUAAUCAUCCCCAAUGCUUUUCAAUAUCACAAUUAUUAACAAACAUGUUUGCUCGAAAACAUUAUUGAAUGGAUGAAUCGACUGGUCAAAGUAAAUAAAGUAGAGGAUAGAUUUUCCUUUGACUAAUGUGUA